AUGCCCGCCGCCUGGAACGAUCAAACCAGUACAUCCUGGUGCCUCGAGGCUGUGCCCAGAAGGAGUAGAAAAUGGCUUUCACUCCUUUCGUUGCGCUUCGGAACCAUUCUGUGCAAUAUCAUAGCGGUGCCCUGCUUCGCAUGGGCCAUGGAACAGCAUUACAAGGGAAUCGUGGCUACGGAUGGGCUAGGGCAGACUUGGGCAGGCAUGAAUCUGGGCACGUCUGCCUAUGGGCUGAUAUGGUCCACCAUCUUUCUGAUCGUCGUACUCUGCAAUUGUGCGGUGCAUCCCGGAGUAAUAAUCGCCUUCGAUUUCAUUGCAUUUUGUGCACAACUUAUCACUGUCUGUUUCCAUCUAUAUGAGCUUACCUUUUACCACCUGGGUGGCUAUGGAAGCUAUGGAAGAUUUGAUGUUGAUAGGCUGUAUGGGAUUGAGUGCUUAGGCUGUUCUGUGUACUUUCAAUUUGGUUCUUCUCGUGCGGGCUUCCGGUGUUUGCCAUGCACAGCGCAAAGCUGGAAAGACAGAAGCAAAACAUGA